AUGGUUGAUGGAAUUGUUACAGAAUAUUUAUAUAUUAAUCGUGGUACCGUUUUAGGCCCAGUUCUUUUCUCAAUAAUGGUUGAUGAUAUUAAAACUGCUGAUCCUAGUAAUGCGUUAGUCAAAUUUGCUGACGAUUUGACGUUAGGAGUGCCUGGUAACGAAAGUGGUGACACAUCUCGAUCUGAAGCUGCCUGUUUACAGGAUUGGGCGGAAGAGAAUAGAAUGCCCUUAAACUUGGAAAAAACGUACGAAAUGGUUGUUCGCAGACACACCUCUGUAGUUUUGCCUGAGCUUAUCCCUUCAAUUAAGCGAAAAACAUGGCUAAAGCUUUUAGGAGUUACUCUACAAGAUAAUCCGUGCAACUGGGAUUUGCACUUCGAAGAAAUGCUCAAAAAAGCAAGUGGACGAAUGUACAUUAUGAGAGUUUGCAAAUACUAUGGACUAUCAAUUAAACAAUUAGAUCUGCUGUUUGAUAGCCUAAUUAUGUCGAUAUUCACUUUUGCUAUUGAGCUGUGGGGUUGUGCAUAUGACGGUAAAUAUUUGAACCAAAUAGAUAAAUUCAUUAAACGUGCACAUAAGAAUGGUUAUAUAUCAAAACGAACACACAUUAAAGAAAUACGUGAUAAGAGAGAUAAGAAACUGUGGAACAAAAUAACAUUAACUGAGGAAAAUGCGUUGCUUGAACUGCUGCCGGAAAAAAAGAAGUAG